AUGCCCAAGAAAAAACCCACUCCGGUCGAGGAACUGAUCAUCCCUCCACAAGACACCAAGAUCUGCGGGACAAUCUGCCUCUGUCAACUGACCCUGAUCCUCAGCAGCGUCGCUAUUGUCUAUCUCACAGUGGCUAUCUACGUGCCGUCUACACGCGCCUUGCAGUCUGGAAUCUCAGAAACUCCCGCCAUGUGCACCACCACUAGGGCUGUAACGGUAGAAUCUUGUGACUGGGGAUCUUGUGGUGAGUGGUGCCUCAGCAAAACCUCAGGCUCUUGCAUGCAGAUCUACGUUAACCUCAGACGCAACGGUUCUAACCUCCUGCUGGCCAAUUGCACCAAUAUCGCACAGAAAUUCUGUUACGGCAAGGACCAGGAGAACGCUAAAAAGAGUAGGUGUAUAGCUGAUGAGUGUAAAAACCUUACUGGAACCUUCAAUUGCACCAUGGGUAUGUGUAUUGACAUAACAGACUCUUUCGAAUGCAUCUUCAAAGACACCGAUCCACCAUUGAAGUGCUCAGGACGCAGAGGUAAGAUAACCUGCAUCGACUUGAAUGGGCUCUACAAUUGCAAAAGAGGUACUUGUGAAAGGAUACGAACGCCAUACAAUUGCGACAGGCAAUGCGGAGAUAUCCCUACCAGGAAUAAAAACGUGAUAAUGUUGAGCGGUGACGAGGUGUAUUUAUCGCAGUGUCAGAAAUGUAUAGACAGUGAAACGGGCUUGGAAAUAUGGAGUGAGGAGCAAGAAAAUAUUGUUAUGACCUCCUGUCACACUAUCCUUAACACCAGUCAAGGCUUGGAGGCGACGGAUUGCGUGAACGGAUCUUUGUUACCGAACAACAUACUUGGAGAUACAGCGAAUUUUACGUAUCUCACCUACCUCAGCGUAUUCAACACCGAACCCCUGGAUAAGCGCUUGGUGGUGGCUCCUCCGGAACCAGAUUUGCUCAUUGCUAACGAGAGUAAGCUACUGAUCAACCUGGAAGGCUGUGUAAACACCUUGCGCGAUGAGUGCAAGGAUUUCUUGAAGAUGUACGGGAAGGACGGUACCGAUCACAACGCCAGAGCCCGUUUCCCUUGCUUUUUUUCGUCAGACAAUCCUGCAGUAGUAGUUGCAAGGUUCGAUCUUGCUACAACCACCAAGCAAUUCCUGAUAGCUUCUGUGCUACCGUCAGUCCUCUUCGUGGUGUCCUGUCUGACCCUGAUACUGUGUCAACGCACAGUUGUCGUGGGGGAUGACGCUAAGAUGCGCUUUCAAGGCUGCACCAAGACGGAACCAGUAGCCGCGGCCUCCGAAAAGACAGCUUCUAGCAACAAUAUAAAUGAUCGAGGCAUUCCCCUCUUGCUGGACCGAGACUGAUUUCGUUCCCACCAAAAUUUGAAUCCACCACGUAGGGGAAAGCGUACAAUUUUCGAACUAGUUACAAUUAAUGCCUUAUAAUUUGAAUCGUAAAAAUGAGUAUGACCAGCGUGGCCAGCAUUACCAGCGAAAAGAAGCAGCUAACUUUUAUCGACAUAGCUGAAAAAGCAAAAUUUUAUACCUCACUAUGUCUCGGAACUACCGCCUUUCUAUCAGUUUUCGCUUUCUUGUUUUUGAUACCUUUUGUCGUCGAUCCAGCAAUAUCGAGCCUGAUGGCUGACUACGAAGCAGAACCCGUCACAUGCAUUGUGACCCAACACGUUUACGCUGAAGGCAUAUCAAACUGUUCUUGGGCAUCAUGCAGGGAGGGCUGUACCAGAGAAGUUACCAGAUGCCAUCAAAUCUACGUCAAUUAUUCGAAAACGCCGUUCAGAGAAUAUAGACCGCACAAGAUUAUAGAAUGGGACGUGGUCGACACCCACUUCCUGAUAAACACAGAAGGCUGCGGGUAUCCUCCGUCAGUGAACUGCUCGGAAUUUUCGCAGCAGUACGGUUACAGUACUGCCGGUACUCCGUUUCCGUGCUACUAUAGCAGAACGUACCCUGACGCCCAGGUGGUAGCCAGGUAUUCAUGGGAGGAUACCUUGAGGCAUCUGGUACUUUCAAUUACGAUUCCCAAUUUGUUAUUCGCCGCUUCCAUUGGGAUUCUCACAUACUGGUACUGCCCUGGGUGCAAGAGGUCCUGCCAGAAGUAUAUUCAUCAUUUUCCCACGGAAGAGGACUACGAAGAUAAUAGCUACUAGAUACAUCUAGCUUCUUCCUACUGAUGCUAUUUUACUUAGAUGGAAAAACAUCAUACUUGUCACGAAAAUAUAGCUAAGUCAAUUUGGCAAGAGACUAUUACAGGAUACCGAAUCCCGAUUCUGGCGAAUUUGGUCGCUAUUGUGAAAAACGGUUCUAGUUCCAAACCAAACCAAAUCUUGGGAUACGUUUUAUUUUAGAAAUCCUAGGAAAGUGGUGAAAAAGUGCUUUUUAAUAUUAAUCAUAAAUUGUAGUUGAACAUUAUUAUUAAAAAAAAGUAAUUUCCAAAAAUCUUACCAAUAUGAUGUGGAACCCAAAAUUGUGUAUAAUUAGUCUAUUUUCAAUUUUUUACGAAUCUUCUUUUUGUACAGUUUGUUCUAAAAAAGUGAUUGAAAAAAAUGUAAUUACCUACAACGUUGGUAGUAAAAGUUUUCUACCUUAGUUUCUGAUAUGCGGAGCAGUACGUAGUUUUCAGAUGGCGACCAAAUAGACAAGGUAUUUAGGCCCGAUUUUACUAUUGACCCAUGCAAAUCCAAAUUUGCACCUAUGGCCUAAGAAUAUGGUGGAUUUCCUGUAAAAUGUCUCUGAAACUAGAGAAUAAUCAUAUGAUUUGUAUAACAUGGGCCCCUAACACCCAUAUUAAAUUAAGAAAUGCUUCAUAAAUCACCUGUUGCUACAAAAACAUAAUAUUUUAUAGUUAUAGUCCUUUAGAAGUUUGAGUACCGCCCUAUCUCAAUAAUAAUAUUAUGUGCUCGUGUUUGGCAACAACGGAUAUAAUCCGCCUUAUCGGUUCAUCGCAUCGGAAACAAAAAAGCGAAAGAAUUUGAAACGCUUAUCACGAUGUUUUUACUACAAUUUUAUUCAGUUGUAUUCAGUCAAUGUGUCAGUCGGUAACGCGUGAGUGAACAGUGGUGUUUGUUGCGUGGCUCAAACGAAAUAAAAAAUGGCACAUGUUUACGAAAAUGCUGAACUUAUGAACAUGAUUCUUAUUUACGGGGGGGGGGGAGUCUUUACAAAAUGCCGCGGCAUCACGAAUUUAUGCGGAUCGGUUUCCCAAUCGAGUGCAACCAACCCCUCGUGCCUUUGUUAAUGUAGUACAAAGGGCUCGUGAAUCGGGUGAUUUAAGACCUCACAGGGGAGGGCAUGCCGGUGCUCCAAGACCGCACUAAAAUACUUGUCGGGGGGAUACUUUAUAAAACAAGGUAACAUUUUUUUUUAUUUUUACACACAUAUUUUGGUUUAUCUUCCUUCUACAAUCAUUAUCUGAAAAUUAAUGACUCAACUUCAAAGUAUACAUACAGGUCAAGUUAAAAAAGCAUAUUAAAAUAUGUCCCUUUCUUUUAAAAUAAUCAUUUUAAGGUAUAUCAUUCUUUUUGAUUGGUGGAUUUUAAGUAUAUAGAACUGUGUGAUCGGGCGCAAAUAAAAGAAAUUGUUUUUUUAGCUAAGCCCGGUAAUUCAUGUGUUGGGAAUAAGGUGCCAAUCUUAAACAGACCAUAUAAUUUUUCUCUAGUUUGAGAGAUACUUUACAAGAAAUCGACUAUAUUCAUUAGAUCCAUUGUCUCAAAAACGCCUUCUCAUGGGUCGAGUUUGUGCCUUAGGCGCAAUUUUGUGCCUCGGAUUAGUAAAAUGGGAUCUAAGAGUCACAUUUAUAAACUGUCCAUGAUAAUUGAGUUCUGUUGGAUUUUAAACAUACGAUAACGUGCAAGUGGUAAUUUAACCUAUGCCUGCAUUCCACUGCAGGCUGUAACAAUCUCGACCUGUAUAACACGCUCAAACUAGCACUGAUUAUUGUAAUGCCCGUUGCCGCUCUUCUAUAAAAUCGCUAUUCAAUAUAAAAUAGAGAAAGUGAAUUAUGUCCAUUGCUACUUUAGAUUGCGGUGUAACAUUUAGCAUAAAGGCCAUCUGUCACGAUACCGAAUUUUGUGCUAAAUUAAGUACUAAAUUUUAGCUGUGUCACAAGUUGCUGCGUCUUACGCUUAUAAAUGUGACUCCAAAUUCCCUAUAAUGUACGGAAAAAAUUGGCUUUGGUAUACUUAUAGAUAAAACCGAUUCUAUCGUUCACAAGGAUCUUUUAACACUUUCGAAUAUCAAAAGUCAUUUUCCAAUUGGCUUUUCAUAGGUAGUACAAAGUAAACAUUACGAGUACCUAUUUAAAAUUACCUAUAUUGUAUAGUAUCGCUAUAGAUAAACUUUGUUUUAGGCUAUAAGUAUCAAAAUUAUAAACAAAUUUAAUAUUGUAAACGUUGUUCGACUAUCGCCCA